GCACCGGCUGACGGGCUCUUCCGGUCUCCCGCGCCCCUCACCUGCAGGCGGGUCUCGGGCCGCAGCCUGGCGCACGCCGGCUCGGGCCUGUGGACUAGUCUCGCGCUGUGCCCGGGAGCCGGGCUCCGGACCCACGCUGGCCAUGGCGAGCGGCGCAGCUAGAUACCGGCUGAGCUGCUCGCUCCCGGGCCACGAACUGGACGUGAGGGGCCUGGUGUGCUGCCUCUACCCGCCGGGGGCCUUUGUGUCUGUGUCCCGGGAUCGCACCACCCGCCUCUGGGCCCCAGACAGUCCUAACAGGGGCUUUACGGAAAUGCAUUGUAUGAGCGGCCAUUCUAAUUUUGUGUCUUGUGUGUGCAUCAUACCCUCAAGUGACAUAUAUCCUCAUGGACUAAUUGCCACUGGAGGAAAUGACCACAAUAUAUGCAUUUUCUCGCUGGAAAGUCCGAUGCCACUUUAUAUUUUAAAGGGUCACAAAGACACUGUUUGUAGUCUUUCAUCUGGAAAAUUUGGGACAUUGCUUAGUGGCUCAUGGGACACCACUGCAAAAGUCUGGCUGAAUGACAAAUGCAUGAUGACAUUACAGGGUCAUACAGCUGCAGUAUGGGCAGUAAAGAUUUUACCUGAACAGGGAUUGAUGUUAACUGGAUCAGCAGACAAGACUAUUAAACUGUGGAAGGCUGGAAGGUGUGAGAGGACUUUUUCAGGGCACGAAGACUGUGUAAGAGGUUUGGCAAUUUUGAGUGAAACAGAAUUUCUUUCCUGUGCAAACGAUGCUAGUAUCAGAAGGUGGCAGAUUACUGGCGAGUGUCUUGAAGUGUUUUAUGGACAUACAAAUUACAUUUAUAGUAUAUCUGUCUUUCCAAAUUGUAGAGAUUUUGUGACAACAGCAGAAGACAGAUCUCUGAGAAUAUGGAAACAUGGUGAAUGUGCCCAAACAAUUCGACUUCCAGCUCAGUCUAUAUGGUGCUGCUGUGUUCUGGAUAAUGGUGACAUUGUGGUUGGUGCGAGUGAUGGUAUUAUUAGAGUGUUUACAGAGUCAGAGGAUCGAACAGCAAGUGCUGAGGAAAUCAAGGCUUUUGAGAGAGAGCUCUCUCAGGCAACUAUCGAUUCCAAAACUGGGGACUUAGGGGACAUUAAUGCAGAGCAGCUUCCUGGAAGGGAACAUCUGAAUGAACCAGGUACUAGAGAAGGACAGACUCGUCUAAUCAGAGAUGGAGAGAGAGUUGAAGCCUAUCAGUGGAGUGUUAGUGACGGGAGGUGGAUAAAAAUUGGUGAUGUUGUUGGCUCAUCUGGUGCUAAUCAGCAAACAUCUGGAAAAGUUUUAUAUGAAGGGAAAGAAUUUGAUUAUGUUUUUUCAAUCGAUGUCAAUGAAGGUGGACCAUCAUAUAAAUUGCCAUAUAAUGUCAGCGAGGAUCCGUGGCUAGCUGCAUACAACUUCUUGCAGAAGAAUGAUUUGAAUCCCAUGUUUUUGGAUCAGGUGGCUAAAUUUAUUAUUGAUAACACAAAAGGUCAAAUGUUGGGACUUGGAAAUACCAGUUUUUCAGACCCGUUUACAGGUGGUGGUCGCUAUGUUCCAGGCACUUCAGGACCUUCCAACACAGUGCAGACAGCAGAUCCUUUCACAGGUGCUGGUCGUUACAUGCCAGGUUCUUCUGCAGUUAUGGGCACCUCCACGUCUGGAGUCGAUCCAUUUACAGGAAGUAGUGCCUACCGAUCAGCUACAUCUAAAACAGUGAAUAUUUAUUUCCCCAAAAAAGAAGCUCUUACCUUUGACCAAGCAAACCCUACACAAAUAUUAGGAAAACUGAAGGAACUUAAUGGAACUGCGCCUGAAGACAAGAAGCUAACUGAAGAUGACUUGGUGCUUCUUGAAAAGAUACUGUCUCUAGUUUGUAGUAAUUCUUCAGAAAAGCCAACAGCCCAGCAACUUCAUAUUUUAUGGAAAGCUAUCAACUGGCCUGAAGAUAUUGUCUUUCCUGCACUUGACAUUCUUCGACUAUCAAUUAAACAUCCCAGUGUGAAUGAGAAUUUCUGCAAUGAAAAAGAAGGAGAUCAGUUCAGCAGCCAUCUUACCAACCUUCUGAACCCUAAAGGAAAGCCAGCAAACCAGCUGCUUGCUCUUAGGACUUUUUGCAAUUGCUUUGUUAGUCAGGCAGGACAAAAGCUCAUGAUGUCCCGGAGGGAGUCACUGAUGUCACAUGCAAUAGAACUGAAAUCAGGGAGCAAUAAGAACAUUCAUAUUGCUCUGGCUACAUUGACCUUGAACUAUUCUGUUUGUUUCCAUAAAGACCAUAACAUUGAAGGGAAAGCUCAAUGCUUGUCAGUGAUUAGCACAAUCUUGGAAGUUGUACAAGACCUAGAGGCCACUUUUAGACUGCUUGUGGCUCUUGGGACACUUAUCAGUGAUGAUUCAAAUGCUAUUCAAUUAGCCAAGUCCUUAGGUGUUGAUUCUCAAAUAAAAAAGUAUGCCUCCGUAUCAGAGCCAGCUAAAGUAAGUGAAUGCUGUAGACUUAUCUUAAAUUUACUGUAACAAUGGGCAAGGGAAGCUGAGAUUUUAAGUUGAUUAAUAGGGGUAUUUUUUUUUUUUCACAUUUUACAUGACCAAUUGCAGAUGUUUAAAAAAUAGAAAAGAGAGAAAAGAAAACAACUGUGGAUUAAGUUCAGAUCUUGUAAAGUUGUGUUGAGGAGAAAGAAAUUAUAAAUAAAGUUUUUACACUGAUGGCUGUGCGGUUUUCCUGUGUACUGGGGUAGAUUUUCAAGGGUAUAGAAACAUUAAAACUAUAAUCAAUAACAGCACAAUUACAAUGGCAUUUUCUUCCUUACCUUAAUUACUCAGGAGAACACAGAAGCUUUUCUUUGUAUAAGCUGCUUCUAUUUCUAUAUGACAUCUUGUUCAGUUGACUGUUCCCUUUUUGUACAUUAGCUUCUCCACUUCCUUUCACUGUUAGAUUCUUUCAGUAGCAUAUUUCAAGGUCUUUUAGGAUUUACUUGAAAAAUAAUUUUAGUUAAGUUUGUUAUAAGUUGUAAAUUGAAAAAAUAGACAAUAAUUUCUUGAGCCAUUUGUAAAUAGAAAGUAUCUUUCAUGGUUCAUUUUUAGAUGAAGAAAGCAAAUUGGUAAGCUGUAAUUACAUAGUAGUUCAGACAACUGAGGCCUUAAAUGAUUAUGGGUUAGGAUCACUAAUUUUCUUUCACUAUAUGAGAUAAUUUCAUUUUUCAUUCACGUUUUGAUAUCUGAUUAUUUGGUCAUUCUUCUUUACAAGUUAGAUCAUUUCUUUUGCCCUUCACCAAAAUGCCAUUCGUCAUUUUUCAUUUCAGCUUUGAUAUGAUUGUAUACUUGUUGGUCAUCUUCAUUACUUCAAAAAGAGUUUGGAAUUUAUUAACUUUAGACUUACUAGACAGUUGUGCAAACAACACAUACCAGACUUUAAAGUCAAGAAUCUGUUGUGUGAAAUUAGUGGUUUUAGCCCCUAGAAUGGUCCAGACACUACAUUAUAUACAUUGCCACUUAAUUCUCAAGUCAGCUUUCUUUAAAAGGUAGUUAUGCUUCUGUCUUCAAAAGGAAGGAUAAUAGAACAAAUUAUACUGGGAGGGGAAAAAGAAGGUCAGGGCAAGAGUACUCCAUGCCGUCUGCACAAAGCACUUGCCAUGGUGCGGCUUUCUAGACAGGAAGUCACAGACUUGUUUCUGAAUAUCUUAGCAACUAGAACAAAGUGGGAAAUAAUGUCCUUUCUUUUCCUUUUGGGUUUCUCAAGACAGGGUUUCUCUGUAGACCAGGCUGGCCUUGAACUCAGAAACCUGCCUGCUUCUGCCUCCUGAGUGCUAGGAUUAAAGCCACCACGUGCAGCUCAAUCCCUUUUCUUAAGAAGUAUAUUUAUGUUGGUGUAUGUGUGUGCAUCUUGGUUUUGUUUGUUUUGUGGUGCUAUCAAACCCAGGUGCAUGCUGGGGAACCUCUGUCCACUGGAUUACAUUCCCAGCUCCAGUACUUCCAUUUUUAUUAUGGAAAAAAAAUGAUUUUACAAGGACAUUGCUUAAAAUUGUGAGCAAUGAUCUCGACAUUGACAGUAUGGAGAAUCAUGGGGUUUCCUGACUUAAUGCCAUAUUGCAGUCCAAGAAGGACAAAUUUUUUUCCACUAAGGGGAAGAAAACCCUGAAUGGUUUAGAUUAAUCCAGGGAAGAACUUGUAAGGGAGUGAGGAAUUGUAAAUAGGUGUGUAUACCUUAUUAAGUAUUAAAUUGCAGUUUCCUGUGUGUACCUAAACUUUAAACUUUAUGUUGCUGGUUCAUUUAUGUACUUGUGCUUUACUUUUGUUUAAUUGAAAUUUAAAUUGUUACAUCAAAAUUAAAUGGUAAAACGUAAAUCACCCUGGUUUUAUUAUAAUAUGCUGCUUGUUAAUACAUCCAAUCUAGCAUGCAAUUUUAAGUACAAUUUAUCUUAUAUUUUGAAGACUGGGUGGGUACCUUUGAAAAAGGGUUGGGUGUAUUCUUAUUUAGAACGUGAGUUCACUCUUCAGAAUGUAAGAGGUGGAAAAUUGUAAAUACUUUGUUUCAUAUCACUGUCUUUUUUUAUACCAGUUUUUAUUAUUUGUACAGUUCAACAAAAAGAUAAUCUCACUUGAAGAACCUGUUAAAUAGUGGUUUAAAAUUUUGUUUCCCUUUAAACUUUUUUAUAGAUCUCUUAAUGUUUUCUCAAAUAUAAAAGAAAUAAACAUUUAGUAAAACAUACACACCUCAUUGACUGUAAUACUACUAUAGAACCAUUCUUAGCGAGCGUCUUAUACUGUAUUGACAUGUAUGUAAACGUGCAUUUUAUUUUUUCAAAAAGGAAUGUAUUAUAUGUACUGUUCAGAAACUUUAUUUAAUAUUCCAUUAUAUUAUACCCAUUUUCUAUUAUCUGAAACUUUCCUGUUUUUGAUUAUCAAGCAAUGCUAUUAAAGAUCACACAACACUC